AUGGCCAGAAGGUACCCAUCUGAGCCUGCUUCUGCACUGCACUUUGCAUGGCAGCAGGAAAGCUACUGUCUUGUUAUAUUUAACUCCUCUAAUUGUCUGCUCCAUAACCUUCUUCAGGUUUUAGAAGUCAGGCAUGUGCUUAACUGGGACAAGGGGAAAGCUGUUGAGUUCUUACUUGAAUCAUUGGGUGAGUGGUCUUUGACUGCUUUAUGGAACUGUCCUCAAGAUUUCAACGGCCACAUUGGAGCGACGCCUGGAGGGUAUGAUGAUGUGCAUGGUGGCUUUGGUUUUGGAGAUAGAAACGAAGGAGGAACGUCUCUACUGGACUUUGCUAGAUCUUUUGAUUUGGUGAUAGCAAGCUCGAGUUUCCCGAAGAAGAGGGAGCACUUGGUCACCUUUUGGAGUUCGGUGGCCGAGACUCAGAUUGAUUAUGUACUUUGUAGGAAGUCCGAUAGAGGUCUUUGCAUGGAUUGCAAGGUCAUCCCAAGUGAGAACCUCUCGACCCUUCAUAGGCUCCUGAUCAUGGACCUUGAGAUCAAGAGGAAAAGGAGGAAGAGGGCGAUGUAUAGCCAACAUAGGAUAAAAUGGGGAGCCUUGACGGAAGCUAAAGCGCAGGAGUUGGGGAUCAAGCUGGUGACUAUGGGGGCUUGGAGGAGUAGUGGGGACGCAAGCGCUAUGUGGACCAUGACUGCGCAGUGCAUUAGGGAAGCCGCAAGAGAAGUAUUAGGGGUCUCAAAGGGUAAUUCUGGUGGUCACAAGGGAGAUUGGUGGUGGAAUGGAGAGGUGCAAGGAAAAGUGGAUACCAAGAAAGCAGCAUAUCUGAAGCUAGUGGAAAGUGUAGACGAGGAGGAGAAAAGGGCGAAUAGGGAGCAUUAA